UGUGCCAGCUUCGCACCGCAACGCGCCGUCGCCAUGGUUGUUAUUAUGCACGUGACCCCACCCAGGGUCAGCGGCUGGACACCGCUUUUGCUGCUCAUCUGCCUGACCGUAACGCUGGGCACCACGGUUCCGGUGGGCUACUUCUUUGGCGUCCUCAAUGCGCCGGCUGAGAUCAUCAAGAAAUGGUGCCAGGACAUCUUGGCCACCGAAUACGACACUAUUGUAACCGCCAGCCAGCUAGACAUCCUGUGGACGAGCAUUGUGUCCAUCUAUUUGAUUGGCGGCAUCUGCGGUUCCUGUUUUAGUGCGUUGUGCAGCGACAAAUACGGCCGUAAGGGCUGCCUGAUGAUCAGCAGCAUACUGCUCGUGAUCUCCGGCAUUCUCUUCACCUGGUGCCGCGCCGCCAAAUCGCUGGAGAUGCUGAUGGUGGGCCGUUUUCUGGGCGGCAUAGCAUCGGCUUUGAUUUUCACCGCACAGCCCAUGUAUCUGCUGGAGGCGGCUCCUUCGGAGCUCAGUGGGAGCGUCGGAGUCUUUACCUGUAUAGGUGUGACUGGCGGUAUCCUACUCGCCCAGGUGUUUACCCUGUCUCAUCUGUUGGGCAGCGAGCGGCUGUGGCCGUACGCCCUCAGUUUCUACAGUCUCCUUGUUAUGGCGUCGCUCCUGAUUAUGUGGUGGUUUCCGGAGAGCCCUCGUUGGCUCUAUCUGCACAAGAAAGAUGCUGGCGCAAGUGAGCGGGCUCUGCUGCGAUUGCGAGGAAAAAAUGCUGAGGAAGAGGUGCAGCGGGAAUUGCUCGAGAUGAAGGCUACGCUGGAGGCCAAGGCCAGUACAAAGGCCAGCUCCCUGUGCUCGGUCCUGAAGGAUAGGGAGUUGUGGCUGCCACUUCUGUUGGUGUGCUCCUUUCAGGCCACCCAGCAGCUAAGUGGAAUCAAUGCGAUAUUCUUCUAUUCGCUGGCCAUUCUCACAGAUGCUGGCUUCUCUUCGGGAGCAGCAACGUGGUUGAAUUUGGGAAUAGGAGGAUUCAACAUGUGCACUUCACUGCUGGGGCCACUGUUGAUCAGUCGGUUUCCCCGUCGUCCACUUAUGAUGAUCUCCUGCUCCAUUUGUGCCCUCGCCCUGUUUGCCAUGUCCUUUGGACUUUUCUAUCUGGAUAGUUCGGAGAGCACGGUAUUGGCCUACUUCUGCGCCUCCUUCAUUCUCACUUUUAUUCUGGGAUUCCAGUUGGGCCUGGGUCCCAUUGCUUACUUCAUUGGUUCUGAGCUGCUAGAGGACUCUCCUCGGCCCGUGGCCAUGUCGAUGGGCAGCUUGUUCUCCUGGAUCGGCAAUUUCCUGGUGGGCAUGUGUUUCCCUCUGCUACAGAGUGUAUGGAGCUCUUUUGCCUUCAUUCCUUGCAUGUGUGUCUGCCUCUACUGUCUUCUGCUCACCUGGCGUUACCUGCCGGAGACACGCGGUCGCGAACCUAAGGAUGUCAAGCCGCUUAUGAGCCAGGGGCUCGCCUCUAAACGGGAAUGA